AGGGCGAUUCCCCCUUCGCUGGAGACGUGAGAGAAGAACAACCUUCAAUUGAUGACUUCUGGGCUGCUCUGAGCAUCACAAACCCACUGUCAAUCCAACGGACAAUCGGCUUCUUAAUAAGUUGAGCCGCCCUGCCAAGGGACCGCGAGAUGGCGGCGGCGGCGCAACCUGAGGCAGUGAUCGAGGUGGCCGACUGCCCACCCUCACCGAAACGACCGAGCCGCGCCCCGAAACCGAGUGCGAAAGUCCGUGAAGCAAUGCAAUCACCGGAGGAUGCGGCUACUACGUCGAGAAGAAUCGCAAUCCAUGCUACGCGAAGCACCGCGUCGAAAGGAACACGCGUACUAGGAAGCGGGAACGGAGCCAACGGCCAGGCUGAAGCGGGGAAAACAGGACUCCAGACGCUCUUAGAAGCUAUCAACGAACAAGGAGACGAGCAACGGAAAACAAUCUGCGAGCUGCGCGACGUGGUCAGCAAACAACAAGACGCGCGACGUGGUCUGCAAACAGCAAGACGCGAUUCAGCAGCUCUCCGAGGCGCUGAGACAAGCCCGAGACCAGAUAGACGCCCUUGUACGCAACGCAGCCCCUCCUCAUACAACUCAGACGAGCCCAAGGGCGUCAUACGCGGAGGUUGCUCGCACGCCGCCAGCAAGCCAACCAAGUGGACGCGUAUGUUUGGCUGCAGUAGCCCAGCCAGCUCGGCAAUCCUAGCGACUAGAUGGCCAGCAUUCCCCCUUGGUGACGGGAACACGGAAAUCUACCUUACGUCUGAGAACCUUAAUGUGUGGCGGUGAGCCAGCCAAACGGACGUCGUGAUUCAAGGAUCCCAAUUCGAACCAACGCCCUCCGUGUGGAUGCGCCUGUGGCGCGGGAGGGCCGAGAACUGUACCUGUACUGCCUGACUGCCUGGCCUCAUGUUGUGCCAGGACGCAACCGCUUGCUAUUAGAACAUAGACUUAUGGCUUUGGGGCUGUGUCACAUCGGGCAGGCAUCUGAGCUCUUCGCCACAUUGCUGCUAAAGAGGCCG